AUGAAAGUGUUCGAGGGCGAACAGAUUGGAAGCACGAUAACUGGUAGUCCAGAUCUGGAGAACGUGGCCAUGACUAUUGCAGACCUCUUUCUGGCCGGCACAGAAACCACAGCCACUAUAAUUCGAUGGACACUGGCCUACUUUCUCCACAACCCGGAUGUACAAGAAAAGUGUUUUCGGGAGAUCCAGGAAAAUAUCGGCCAGAGCAGACGACCCUCCAUGAAGGACAAGACUAAUCUGCCGUACGUGGAGGCCACCAUUAUGGAAGUGUUGAGACGUGCGGAUAUCGGGCCUCUCUCACUCCCCCACACCGUUCCCCACGAUGUACAGUUCAGAGGGUACACGUUCCCAAAGGGGGUCAACGUUAUGUUGAUGCUUGACUCGGUCCUACAAGACCCGGAUGUGUGGGAUGGCUCACACAACUUCCGGCCCGGCCGUUUCCUUGACGAAACUGGCAAGAUUGUAAAGAAAGAAGAGAGUUCAUUCCCUUCUCUCUGGGUUCGACGAGUCUGCCUGGUGGAGUCGAUGGCCCGGAUGGAGUUGUUCCUCUUCCUGACCACUAUGAUCCAGAGGUUCAAGUUCGUCCCUGUGGUUGGCCAGAUGCCCUAUUUGGAUGGAAUCAUCGGCUUAAGUCAUUCUCCAAGGCCAUUCCUCAUGAAAGCCAUUCCCAGAGUUUAA